AUGCUGCCAUUUGGGUACAUUGUUUUGUAAUAUUUAGUUUUUAGUGAUUUAAAUACUUAGGAUUUGAGAAACAGCAGAGGUGUAGUACAAAAAAGUAGAAGUGCAAGAAAUUUAUGGUAAAAUGAUCAGAAGAGUCCCAGAGCAAAUGUGCAAUAGAGGAAGUAGUUAUAAAACAUUGAUAAGUUAGAACGAGAAAAAAGAGUACUUUUAAGUUUGAAAAUGUGCAUGAUAACAUCAUUCAAAUUUAGUUGGCUUCAGAUGAGAGCUACGAAAUGGAUAUCAAUGAAGAGAUAGAAAUUGAUAAAAAAGCUAUGUCGAGAGGUAUGCAAAACGAAAUUAGUCCUGAUAAAAGGAAAACCUUUAGAGCUAAGCAAUUUCAGAUUUAUAAAACUCUUCAAGAAUAUAUGGAUGAGGAGUUGAUUGAAGAAGAUCGAGAGGAUAUUCAAGAGCAAACUCCAACUCCUAUCUAGAGGCAAAAUCAAAAAAUAACUCCUGAAGAGAUCAUAUUUUAAAGGAAUUUAUAAAUCCCAGAUAUUAUAUCUGAGUUUACGAAAUUGUAUGAGUCUGAUCCUCACAAUGACAAUUACAAUCUCUAAUUAUUACACGUAGAAGGAUGGGAAGAAAUAUGGCUAAACCAUUAAUUUUAUAAAGAUGCAUAUAUAUUACUAUGGUUAAGAAAGUUAAUUGUAACAUUUUUUAAUUCAAUUUCUUUGAUUUGUUAUAAAAUUACCACCAACAUCGUGUCAAAUUUUAUAAUGCUUUUAUUAGUAUCAAUAAAUAUGGUGUUAUACAUAACCAAAUUUUAUGAUGAUGUCUAUACUCAAUACAAACAAUUAUUUGAUGGAUGGUCAUUAAGUAUUAAAUGUUCAAUUAUAAUAGUCUUCUUUUGGAUUUAUGUGGUAGAGCAUGGCAUAAAGAUAGUUGGAUUAGGAUUAGUUUAAUUUUUUAAGGUAUUUUGGAAUUGCUAUGAUUUAGUAAAUGUAAAAAUUAUAAACAUUUUAUAUAGUUAAUUCUCUUUGGGUUGUACAUUUAUGGAAGUUUGUCAUUUGAUUUUUCUCCCUUGAGAGCAAUGAGAAUAUUGAUUUAGUUAGCAAAGAUUUCAUCGCAAUUAUAAAAAACAUUGAAGGCAUUAACUGAAUCGUUAAAGAAUAUGAUGGAAGCAUCUUUGGUGGUCUUGAUUUUUUGUAUAUUCUUUGCUAAUGUUGGUGUUCAUUUAUUCAGUCAAUUAUUAUUGAAUAGAUGCUUUUAUAUUGAGGAAGGGAUUUAGGAUUUCAAUUAAAAUAUUUGUGGUUGGGUGGAUUGUCCUAACAAUAUGAAAUGUUUUUAGUCUUUGAAUAAUGUAGACACUGCUACUAAUUUUGAUAAUUUCUUUUUUGCCUUUGCUUAAAUCAUACGUACAAUUACAAUGGACAAUUGGACUGAUGUUAUGUAUUACACUAUGUAUACAUUAAGUCCAAUGACUUGGAUUUAUUUCGUCCUUGUCAUUUUUAUAGUAGGUAUGAAAUUGCAAUAUUCCUUUAGGUUUUUUCGCAUUUAAUCUGAUUAUUGCUGUUUUGAAAACAUAAUAUUCAUAAAUUGUAUCCAACUAUUAAGAGGAUAAGGAAGAUUUAUCAAAUAAAUAACCUUACAUAGAACCAUUAAACCUAAGAUUUAUAAAAAAUAUAGGAUUGUACAAUUAAAUAAAAACAUUAUAAAAAAUACGCAAGAAAGCCUCUCACUAAUCGCUUUCUCAGAGUCAUGUUUCUUAAAAUAAGUCAAUUGAUAAUUAAAUAUUUUCACCAAAAGGAAGUCAAUUGAUACAAAAAUCGAAAGUAAUUUCCCAAUUCACAGGUGGAUUUGGUUAAAUCAACAAAUUGUAAAAAAUGGUGAGGAGAGCUAAGACUAUAAAGGAGAAGAAAAAGUAAUAAAGGUUGAUCUUAUCAGCCAGACAGCAGAAAUUGUUGUUGAAGAGAGAGAAUGAAGAGAUGGGCAUAAUUAAUAGCAAUGAAUAAAGCAUUUUCGAUAAGUGUAACUUAAAAGCUAUUUUGUAACCUCAAAGAAAUUUUAAUAUUGAAUAAUCAAAAUAUGAAUAAACUGUAUAAGGGGAUAUAAAGGGCAAAAGGAUACUGAUGAGUUUAAAAUACAACGAUGUCUUGGCAUGGAAAUUAGAUCUGAAGUAUUCGCCAUACCAUUCAACAUCCAAAAGAGAUGUAAUAAGUGAACUCAAAGAGAUAAUGUAGAAAGAGAAAAAGUUGAAAGAGUAAUAUGAGAAGGUUAAAAGACAAAAUUUGAAAUAAUAUUAUAUGCUAGACAUCUAUGAUAAGUAAAGAGAGAAAAUAUCAUAAUAAUUGUAGUCUUCGGAUAAUGGAAAUCCUUCUAUUCAAAGACUCUAUAGUAUAAAAUAUGAUAUAAAUACCAGAAAUAAAGACCAAAAUAUUACAUCUAAAUUGAAAUUAAAAUUUCCCAUUAAAUCAAGUAGAAGAAUCUUUGGAUCUGAAUUAAAUAUGGGUGAUUCAAAUAAUGAAAUUCCUACUAAUAAGUCUACAAUUACUCGUAAAUCAUACUAUGAUCAUUUAAGAAAGCAAAGACUGUUUUUCCAGAGAUCUCAAACUAAAAUGCAUAGGGCAAGUUCAGAUGCCUUUAUGGAAUUCCCUGAAUGGCAGGAAGGGUAAUCGUAUAUCACAAUAAAUGGUAUAAGGUGGAAUCAUGAUGCUUGUUCAAUUUUGAUUAAUAGAAAGAUUAAUGAAUUGGAUGAGGAUGAUGAUAACGAGGACUCAGAUGGUGAUCAAGUUUUAAAAUUAGAUUGGAUGGAUCAAAAUUAUGAGCAUUAUAUCCAAAUUAGAGUAAUUAAUUUAGAUUAUAAUAGAAAAAAGAAUUAGAGUAAGGCUUUAUAAGAAGACACAAUAUCUCUAUGCUCAACAUCUUGAAUAAUUUAACAAAAAAUAAGUUGAUUUCUAUACUCAAAUCACUAAAUAAACAUGACUAUAAUAUUUGGAUCUAAGGAUUUUAUGGCUACUGGAUUGUUCUCUAAUAUAAAUUGCAUAAAUUAUUGGAGGAGAAAAUGGUAUCAAUUAUUUUUGAUUUGUACACUAUGGUUAAUUUCUUUAUUUUGUGUAGUGAAGGCUAUUUGAGUUCAGAUUUGGUUGAUUCGAUUAAUUCAGUUAUGACAUUCCUAUUAUUGGGGGAGAUAGUGUUGAAGAUCAUUGGUUAUGGAAUUAAAGAUUUUAGCAAAAAGUCUAGUAAUAACUUAGAUGCCUUUGUCAUUGUUUUGUGUUUGUUAUAAUACUUUAUUUCAAUCACUUAGCCAUAUUGGUUGGAAUAAUAUAGCAGCGAAAUUAAAGUGUUAAGAGCAUCAAAAGCCUUCAUGUUAUAUAGGGUGAUCAAAUAUAAUAAAUUUGUCGUAAGAAUAAUGAAGAUCGCCUAAUUAACAAUGAAGUCAUAUAUAAAUAUCACAUUUUUAAUGUUUUAUGUUAUCUUUAUGUAUGCUAUAAUGGGAUUGUAAUUUUUUGUGAAUAAAUUUGAUGAGACGUAAAGAUUAGCUUAAUUGCAUUCAUUUAAUAGCAUAGGAAAAUCGUGGAUGACUGUAUUUAAUACAAUUACAAAUGAUGAUGCAGUUGGUAUGUUGAAAGUGGCUACUUAAUACACCGAUACAUGGAUUGGAUUGCUAUUUUAUAUUACAAUGGUGUUUGGUUUGAACUAUUUGAUAUAUGGUUUGGUGAGUGCAGUAUUGUUGGAUGCAUUCUCGUCUGAAUUAGAAAAGGGCAACUAGUAUGAGGAGAAGAGAGAGAGAAUAUUGUAGAAACUAGGGAUACAAGAGAAUAUCAAUCAGAAUGGCACUUAAUUAGAUACUUUAUCAUCAUAUAAGAAUGAGAAGGAUGAGAAUGACGAUAUUCUCAAUGAUAUCAAGAUUUAAUAAUAGCAAUUUAUAAAACGAUAGACAUUUAAUAGCAAGAAGAGCAUUUAUCAAUAAGUACCUGAAACAGUUAAACAUAUAUUCAGUAAAUAAAAAUCUUUAGAAAUCUAGUAUUACAAAGAUAUUGAAUGUGAAUAUUCACUAUUCAUAUUUAAAUAUGAGAAUAAUUUUAGAAAGUUUUGUUAUCGAACAACGAAAUCUGUGAUUUUCAAAUUUGUAUUGAAUAGUUCAAUUUGCUCUUCUGUAGCAACGAUGAUCAUCAUCUCAUUUGAUGACAGCUUACCAUCAUUACAUACGAAUAACUUAAACACAUUCUAUGAGUAUCACUUAUUCGCUGUGAAUCUAAUCAUAACUAUUACUUAUAUUUUGGAGAUUAUCUCUCAAGGGAUGUUAUUGGAUUAAGGAGCAUUCUGCAGAGACAUAUGGAGAUUUAUAGAUAUCCUAUAUUUGAUUAGUUAUUACUUGUCCUUUAUGACUCUGUCUCCUUUUUUGAAAUUCUCACUUUAUCUAAGUAACAAUUAAUCAGUAUUUUAGUUUAUCUACGUCCUUUGAUGAUGAUAAACAUGUUUCAAAGCAUCCAAGGUAUAAAAAAUGCAAUGAGUUUGAGUUUGGUGCAAAUUCUGAACAUUAUUGGAGUUAUUUUGUUAGUUUUUUUAAUAUUCGACGUCAUUGGAAUGCAUUUAUACUAAAACAAAAUGGGUUAUUGUGAAGACUUAAUGAAUUUUUAUGUGAAUGAAUUUCAAUGUUCUCAACAAAACAAGAGAUGGGUAAUUCAUCCAUACAACUUCGAAAAUAUCCUAAAUGGGUUGUUGACACUAUUCUUGGCUGCAUCUUUAGAUGGAUGGGGAGAGAUCAUGCAAGUAUGUUUUAAUGCAAAUGAUUCCAAAUAUGGACCAACACCUCUUAAUACACAAUGGGCUACCUAUUUAUUCUUUAUUUUGUUUAUUUUCAUUGGAGCAAUGUUUUUCAUGGGAUUCCUCACAGGCGUUCUCUUCACAGAAUUUUAAAAGUAUACAAAACAACUGGAAAAUAAAUAUUUAACUAGUGAUCAAUCGCAGUUUCUGAAAAUCUCAGAAUUGAUAUUAUAAUAAAGUCCAGGUUACAGCAACCCUCCCAAAACUCCUUUGAGAAGAUUAUGCUAUAAGGUUGUGUUUAGUCUAUGGUAUCACAAAUUUUUCAUUGUCGUCUUAUGUAUCAACACCAUAGUGUUAUGCUUGUUCUAUUCAGAUGCCCCUUAUGAAUACAUGUCAAAUCUAAAUAAGACGUAUUAAGUAUUGACAGGCGUGUUUGCUCUUGAUACAAUCAUUAAGUUAUUGGCUUAUGGUCCAAAUAGAUAUUUUGGUAUAUAUACUGUUACUAUUUAAAGCUACUAAUUGGAGAGUUAUUGAAUUGUCUCUUUCGUUUAUAGCUGUAGCUGAUUUUAUCUAUGAUAAUUAUUGGGGAUGGUUCACUACCUUCUUAGGAGCUAAUUAAUCAGACAAAUACUUCACAUUCUAUAGGAUUUUGUUUUGCUUGCGAGACAUCCGUAUACUUUUGAUUAUUCAAGAAUUCAAGGGGUUACUUAGAUUAUUGAGAGUCCUUUUGUUUUCGAUGCCUUUAUUAUUUAAAAUCUUAUACAUUCAAGUCAUAGCUUAAACUACAUAUGCUCUCAUAGGGAAGGAAUUGUUUUCACAUAUUACAAAUGGAUCAGUUAUUGACGAUAAAUAUGCAAAUUUUAAGAACUUUAUUAAUUCUGCAUUGUUGAUGUUCAAAUGCACGACAGGUGAUGAUUGGAGAGCUCUGUUGAUUGACUGUUCUCCUCAAAACUAUUUUUGUAAGAGUGACAGCAAUUAAUGCGGUUCUUAAUGGUCCUUGCCAUUCUUUCUUUCAUAUUAUUUAUUUUCAAAUAUCAUCAUCAUGAAUCUAUUUGUAUUAGCUUUGGUGGAUUAGUUUGAAAGUAAUAGCACAUUAUUAAAUCUUAGAUUUCUUCAAUGCCUCUACUAAUGCCAUCCAAACAUUCGUUGAAAAUGUUGAUCACUUUUGCAAUGUGUGGUGCAAAUACACAUAUGAAACUAAAGGAACCAAAUUGCAUACACGUUUUAUUGCUCGAUUUCUGUUAGAUUUACACGAACCUCUAGGAGCUCUCGAAGGAGACAAUGUAUGGGAUGCAGCCAAGAGUGCAUCCAAUUUUAGGAUCAGAUCAAACAAAUAAGGUUAUGUGUACUUUAAUGAACUACUUUAUGAGACAAUUCGAUUUGCUUUUAAAGAGAGUGUAUUCAAAUCAGGAUCACUAAUUGGUAGAUCACAAAUGAAGCAAUUUGAUUUAGCAAUGAAAAGGAAAAUGAGAGAAAAUAACAUAAAAUAAGAAUCAUAAUUAGAUGAAGAUUACUUUUAAGAAGAGUACAUUUCCAAACAUCAAAACUUCAACAUCCUCUCAGAGUAUCUUAAUGUAUUGAUUGCUCUUAAAACAUGGGAAGCUUACACUGUUAAAUUGAUCGAGAAAACCAAAAAACUUGAUGAAUACACAGAAUAAACCAGCUCCUCAGAUACUGAACAGAAACUCUCAAUGAGUAUUGUACCUUCAGUUUAGAAUGCAUUUUAAAACAGGUUGGGAUAGACCCUUGAGUUAGAUACUCAAAGGAUAUCAAGAGAUUAUUGCCAUUUGAAUAUUUACAAGGAAACUAAUUUUUAUCAAUAUUAAUAGCAUUGCAUAUUAUUAGAACCCUUCAGUAAAUAGUCAGCACAUAAUACAGUACUUCAAAAAUCUCCAUCAACAUUACAUGAAAAUCAAAGUAUUUAUAAUACGUAAAUAAUUAUUUAGGAUAACCAAAUCCCAAGAAAACAUUAAUUAAAAGACAGUCUUCUCUAUUUAAAUAGAAUGUACAAUCAUUCAAAGAUGUGCUAGAAAAAGUAUUUUGA